UCAAUACAUUGGUGCUGAAUAGGCAUUUUUGUUCGGUAGCUUGUAAAUGUGUAUUUAGAACUUUUUUGGGAUGUACAUACCGGCAGAAACGGGAGUAAAUGAAGAUAGUUGCUCAUCGAAACUCCAUACUGUAUUUGGUGAGCCACGCAACUUUGACCCGAGCUUCAGAGGACCUAUCCAUAACAGGGCCUGCACGGAUGUGUUGUGCUGUGUCAUCUUCGUCAUCGUCAUCCUCGGCUACAUCGCUCUGGGCACCGUGGCCUGGAUCCAUGGCGACACCAGGAAGGUGGUCUACCCCACCGACAGCCACGGACAGUUCUGUGGACAGCAGGGGACCCCCAACACCAACAAAGCCAUAUUAUUCUACUUCAACAUAUUGCAAUGUGCCAAUCCUGCCGUUCUCAUUAACCUCCAGUGCCCUACAACCCAACUCUGUGUCUCCAAGUGCCCAGACAGAUUUGCCACAUACCUAGACAUGCAGUACAACUACAGGUACAACAACAGCUACUGGGAGUAUUACAGGCAGUUCUGCAAGCCGGGCUUCGACAAUCCUAGAAAGUCAGUUGCACAUGUCUUGAGAGAUGAGGACUGCCCAUCUAUGAUAGUGCCAAGCAGACCUUUCCUUCAGAGGUGCUUCCCUGACUUUAUCACCAGGAACGGGACGCUAACUGUCGCCAACAAGACAGACUUUAAAGAUGGGUUAGGUAAAACGAGGAGCGUGAUCGAUCUCAGGAAAGCUGCCAAUGGCAUUACCAGUCUGCUAGAUGCCAAGGAGGUUGGCAUGAAGAUAUUUGAGGAUUACGCCAGCUCCUGGUACUGGAUCUUACUAGGUCUGGUGAUAACCAUGGUGGUCAGCCUGGCUUUUAUCCUGCUGCUACGGUUCACAGCCGGAGUUCUCCUGUGGCUCAUCAUCUUUGGAGUCAUCGCUGUGGUGGGCUAUGGGAUCUGGCACUGCUACUGGGAGUUCAGUACACUGAGAGGGAAGCCACACAGUGAUGGUGAUGUCACCAUCUCUGACAUCGGCUUUCAGACAGACUUCAGGGUUUACCUGCAGCUCAGUCAAACCUGGCUCAUCUUGAUGAUCUCCCUAUCAGUCAUUGAGGCGGUCAUCAUAGUAAUCCUGAUAUUCCUGAGGAGGAGAGUACGUAUCGCCAUCGCUCUGCUGAAGGAGGGGAGCAGGGCCAUUGGUUACAUCAUGUCCACUCUCUUCUACCCGAUCAUCACUUUUGUGCUGCUGGCCAUCUGCAUAGCGUACUGGGCAGUCAUUGCUGUCUUCUUAGCGUCAUCUGGUGAUGCUGUCUACAAGGUCAUGUCGACGCAGGACAAAUGCAUGUAUGCCAACCUCACCUGUGAUCCAGAGAAAUUCAGUCAGACCAACGUGACCAUGGUGUGCCCGGGCUCCCAGUGCACCUUUGCCUUUUACGGCGGCGAGAGCCUCUACCACCACUACAUCUUUGUGCUGCAGCUGUGCAACCUGCUGGUGUUCCUGUGGCUGGUCAACUUUACCAUCGCCCUGGGACAGUGCACCCUGGCCGGGGCCUUCGCUUCCUACUACUGGGCCUUGAGGAAGCCCCAAGACAUACCAUCAUGUCCCUUGUUUUCCUCCUUUAGCAGGGCUGUACGGUACCACACAGGCUCUCUGGCAUUUGGCUCUCUGAUCCUGGCCUUUGUGCAGAUGUUUCGCAUCGUUCUAGAGUAUCUGGAUCACAAACUCAAAGGUGCUCACAAUGCUUUUGCCCGCUUCCUGAUUUGCUGUCUCAAAUGCUGCUUCUGGUGCCUGGAACAUUUCAUCAAGUUCAUGAACAGAAACGCCUACAUCAUGAUGGCGAUAUAUGGAAAGAGCUUCUGCACUUCGGCCAAAGAUGCUUUCUUCCUCCUGAUGAGGAACGUAGUAAGGGUGGCAGUGCUGGAUAAGGUGACAGACUUUCUCCUCUUCUUGGGAAAAGUGCUUAUUUCAGGGAGUGUUGGUGUUCUAGCAUUCUUCUUCUUCACCCGUAAGAUUACAGUUAUUCAAGAGGAGGUGCCAUCACUAAAUUACUACUGGGUCCCCCUACUGACGGUGAUAUUUGGAUCCUACCUGAUCGCCCAUGGCUUCUUCAACGUCUAUGCUAUGUGUGUGGACACCUUAUUCCUUUGUUUCUGUGAAGACCUGGAGAGGAACGACGGCUCGCCCCUCAAGCCCUUCUACAUGUCCCCUCAACUGCACAGGAUCCUCCGCAGAGAGCAGGGCUCCAAGCUCUACGCUUCCUCCUGAUAGGCCACAACACUGAACCUCUUUCUCCUGAUAAGCCACAACACUGAACCUCUUUCUCCUGAUAGGCCAAAACAAUGAACCUCUUUCUCCUGAUAGCCAGAACACUUGAUACACCGAAGGACUGACCCAUUCAGCGUCUGUGUGUGGGGGUGAUUGUGUUCUGGAGGAUACUAGAGCAGGGUCUUAUGGCUGGGCUGGACUCAUGAAUGAAGGUGACCUGACUGGUCAGGACUGACCAGGAAGGCCUUGGCAGGUCAUGGCAGGACCCAAGAGGGUGGUGUAUGUGGGUGGGGUUUAGAAAGAGGCAGAGCUCUGUUCAACUUCCUCCCUCUCACCGCCUGCACCGCCGCUGAUACUUCUAAUAUUAGCCUUUUUUCUCUGCCGUGCUUCUGUCCCUUUCUUUGUUGUGUCGAGACUCUGCUGGCCUCUGCCUUACUUAGAGAGCGCUGCAGCAGCACAGUGGACGUGGGUGAAAUUGCCAUUAGCCCAAUACACUGCAAGAGGCACAUACACUGCAGAAGGAGAUCUCUGUAUUUCGGAUGCAAUUGGUGUAGUUUUGCAGAUGGUUGUGGUGUGAUGCAAGGCAAAGGCGCCCCCAUGUGACACUACUGUGUUUGUGCAAUGGUUCCAUGUACUGUAAUGUAAGGUCAUGUGUAGGGUGAAGUUGCCCUUCGACACUGAUCUUGGGUCAGUUUAGCAUUUUCCUCAACAAUGGUUUAAGGUUCAGAUUGGGGAAGCUGAUCCUAGAUCUGUACCAAGGGGAAACUUCAUCCCAGAGCUAUUUUUAGGCGCUCUCGUGUUGGAAAAUAACCCUGAGGUGGCUUUUCUGUCUAGCAUGAUUAUUUUAAUGGCUGUUUAGUCUUUGGUUGAAGAGGCACUUUUGGUCCACCAUAUUUAUUGGCUGCUACAGACACAGUUCAAAACUUAAUGUGCAAUGCUACGGAUAGAUAAACUGGACAUACUCCUAAAUUGUGGGGCGGCAGGUAGCCUAGUGGUUAGAGCAUUGGACUAGUAACUGAAAGGUUGCAAGAUUGAAUCCCCAAGCUGACAAGGUAAAAUCUGUUGUUCUGCCCCUGAUCAAGGCAGUUAACCCACUGUUCCUAGGCUGUUAUUGAAAAUAAGAAUGUGUUCUUAACUGACUUGCCUAGUUAAAUAAAGGUCAAAUAAAUUAAUACAAAUUACAUGGUUACAGACACUUGUAGGAUGUUUUGGUUUUACACUGUAAGGUGUAACACUAGUUAUUGGUUUUACACUGUAAGGUGUAUCACUAGAUAUUGGUUUUACACUGUAAGGUGUAUCACUAGAUAUUGGUUUUACACUGUAAGGUGUAACACUAGUUAUUGGUUUUACACUGUAAGGUGUAUCACUAGUUAUUGGUUUUACACUGUAAGGUGUAACACUAGAUAUUGGUUUUACACUGUAAGGUGUAUCACUAGUUAUUGGUUUUACACUGUAAGGUGUAUCACUAGUUAUUGGUUUUACACUGUAAGGUGUAUCACUAGUUAUUGGUUUUACACUGUAAGGUGUAUCACUAGUUAUUGGUUUUACACUGUAAGGUGUAUCACUAGAUAUUGGUUUUACACUGUAAGGUGUAACACUAGAUAUUGGUUUUACACUGUAAGGUGUAAUACUAGUUAUUGGUUUUACACUGUAAGGUGUAUCACUAGUUAUUGGUUUUACACUGUAAGGUGUAUCACUAGUUGUUGGUUUUACACUGUAAGGUGUAUCACUAGUUAUUGGUUUUACACUGUAAGGUGUAACACUAGUUAUUGGUUUUACACUGUAAGGUGUAACACUAGAUAUUGGUUUUACACUGUAAGGUGUAUCACUAGUUAUUGGUUUUACACUGUAAGGUGUAUCACUAGUUAUUGGUUUUACACUGUAAGGUGUAACACUUGAUAUUGGUUUUACACUGUAAGGUGUAUCACUAGUUAUUGGUUUUACACUGUAAGGUGUAUCACUAGUUAUUGGUUUUACACUGUAAGGUGUAUCACUAGAUAUUUGUUUUACACUGUAAGGUGUAACACUAGUUAUUGGUUUUACACUGUAAGGUGUAUCACUAGUUAUUGGUUUUACACUGUAAGGUGUAUCACUAGUUAUUGGUUUUACACUGUAAGGUGUAUCACUAGAUAUUGGUUUUACACUGUAAGGUGUAACACUAGUUAUUGGUUUUACACUGUAAGGUGUAUCACUAGUUAUUGGUUUUACACUGUAAGGUGUAUCACUAGAUAUUGGUUUUACACUGUAAGGUGUAACACUAGAUAUUGGUUUUACACUGUAAGGUGUAACACUAGUUAUUGGUUUUACACUGUAAGGUGUAUCACUAGUUAUUGGUUUUACACUGUAAGGUGUAUCACUAGUUAUUGGUUUUACACUGUAAGGUGUAUCACUAGAUAUUGGUUUUACACUGUAAGGUGUAACACUAGAUAUUGGUUUUACACUGUAAGGUGUAAUACUAGUUAUUGGUUUUACACUGUAAGGUGUAUCACUAGUUAUUGGUUUUACACUGUAAGGUGUAUCACUAGUUGUUGGUUUUACACUGUAAGGUGUAUCACUAGUUAUUGGUUUUACACUGUAAGGUGUAACACUAGAUAUUGGUUUUACACUGUAAGGUGUAUCACUAGUUAUUGGUUUUACACUGUAAGGUGUAUCACUAGUUAUUGGUUUUACACUGUAAGGUGUAACACUUGAUAUUGGUUUUACACUGUAAGGUGUAUCACUAGUUAUUGGUUUUACACUGUAAGGUGUAUCACUAGUUAUUGGUUUUACACUGUAAGGUGUAUCACUAGAUAUUUGUUUUACACUGUAAGGUGUAACACUAGUUAUUGGUUUUACACUGUAAGGUGUAUCACUAGUUAUUGGUUUUACACUGUAAGGUGUAUCACUAGUUAUUGGUUUUACACUGUAAGGUGUAUCACUAGAUAUUGGUUUUACACUGUAAGGUGUAACACUAGUUAUUGGUUUUACACUGUAAGGUGUAUCACUAGUUAUUGGUUUUACACUGUAAGGUGUAUCACUAGAUAUUGGUUUUACACUGUAAGGUGUAACACUAGAUAUUGGUUUUACACUGUAAGGUGUAACACUAGUUAUUGGUUUUACACUGUAAGGUGUAACACUAGUUAUUGGUUUUACACUGUAAGGUGUAACACUAGAUAUUGGUUUUACACUGUAAGGUGUAUCACUAGAUAUUGGUUUUACACUGUAAGGUGUAACACUAGUUAUUGGUUUUACACUGUAAGGUGUAACACUAGUUAUUGGUUUUACACUGUAAGGUGUAUCACUAGUUAUUGGUUUUACACUGUAAGGUGUAACACUAGAUAUUGGUUUUACACUGUAAGUGACAGUUAUAAUGUAGGCUCAGGGAGGUCAAGACUUCUGAACACAUUUGAUGCUCAUGGUGAAUGAUUUGAAUGGACCCUGACACCUUUCAGGGAUUCCGACUGCAGUUGCUAGUAAAUGUGCCUAGUUCUAAAUGGAGAAAUGUUCCUCUUUAUUGUUUUGUGGUUUUACGAUCUACCACCGAGAACCUUUUGAAAUACCAUUUGUAAAAGGAUGUUAAAGCCAUUUUUGGUAUUUUUAUAUGGAAUAGUGCAGAACUGCAGUAGUGCGGUUUUUAAUACUAGGUACUGUAACACACAUCUGUUCUAAUGAUAUUUAAUGUUUUUGUACAGGAUAACUCUUUUUGUAUCAAUGACACCAUGAAAAUGUGAAAUCUUUUUUUUAAUAAAUGUGAAUGAUUUCAUUAGCAAAUU